AUGUCGAGCUACAUCCAGAUGCACAAGACGGCGUCGAAAGGAACCGGUGUUUUCACAGUGCGAGACACUCCAGCCGGCACGACUCUCCUCCGCAAGAAACCCAUCAUCACAGGUACCGCGGGACCGUCGCCGGACACGACAGUCUACAGCGCCAAGAUUCUCAGACAGGCCGAGGUCAUGCAGCUGCACGAGUACCGCCGGACUGACUGCGAAACCACCUUCAAAGCGAUCGCAUAUCAAUACGUGGCCAAAAACCCGGCAGUAAAGUUCUCGUCCGGGCACUACCUGAGCGUCCCGUACAAAUAUGCCACCAACGGCUGGGGCUCGAUGCUCUGUCUUACGAUCAGCCGCUUCAACCACUCGUGCGCGAACAACGCUGAUAUGGUAAGCUCUUCCGAUCCCAAGCACCCCGCGCGCGUCGUGGCGGCCCGCGACAUCAGGAACGGGGACGAGAUCACGGUCACGUACAUUGAGGUGUGUAUGGCGGACCGGGCGGCGAAGCUCGCGCACGUGUGGGGAUUUGCGUGUCAGUGUCCCGUGUCCCGUGUGCAACACCGCUGA